CAAUACGAGCUUCAAAGCUCCUGGGAGAAAGUUCGCGCCACGGCGCUUAGUCGCAUGGAAUUUUUGGAAGUAAAGGAGGAAACUAAAUCAAACUUGUCUUACGGAUCCCGGAUCUCUUCUUCGUCCAGCGUAAGCAAAUUGCUAGGCCUUAAGGCCAAAAGAGCUGCUCUAGAACAAAAGAUAAUAUUUGCUGACACGAUCAAAGAACAAGAGAAAACCCUCGCUAAGCUAAAGCUUCAACAAGAACUAAGUGAGACACUCGCCGAAGAAGCAGUUUAUCAAGUAGCUUUAAAUGCGGGGGAUGAAAACAACGAAGACGAGUCGCUUUCACAG